GGAAGUUGCCUGUGUGUAUGUUUGUGUGUGGAGCAGGUUGGCGUGAUAGCCGUAGCUACCCGGUUUGUUUUUGUUCUCUGACAAAGUGUGAGUAACAGAGCAGCGGUCGGCUCAUCAAGUGAAGGACGGGCAGCGUAUUUGCGUCUUUGUUUGUAUUUACAUCAGCUUGGUUUCUGUUUUAACGCAACAAAAUGGGUCCUGGUUAGGAUUAUUUCGGAAAUAAGAAGCAUUGUGUUUUUAGGGGCGAACUGAUGCGGCUCAGGGGAGAUCGGCGGCCCGCUGCCGUGUUCUAAGCCUGGUGCUGAAUUAAGCUGGAGUCGCUGCGGCUCCGCUAACGAAAGAAAGAACAAGCCGUUGCGACUUGUCAUUACAGAACAACAACGAAACAAAUCUCCCUCUGAUUCUCUUCUGGGAGUGCUCUCACUUGAAACGCCGCCAAGAUAGCUGGACCAGGCAGGAAACGGCACAGCUCAGAUCCAGACCCCUGUGGAAGCAGCUCCGGUAGUGGGAGCGAGGUAGGAGACGGCCGACCCAUUAGCGGCAAGUGGCUGAAGAUGGCCAGCAGCAGUACAGGAUCCAGCGAAUCGGGUCGGAGGCGAGGUCAGAGAGGACCUGACGAUGUGGUCAGCACCAGCAAGAAGAAGCAGAAGGAUAAAGUCAACCAGGAGAGCAAGGAGGCCAAGCGGGCAGCCUCAGGCAUUAGCACAGAGUCAAGGAAAGAUUUGUUUCUGGACUGGAAGCAGAAUGCGUAUGAGGUGAUUGUGAGGCUGAACUGUGGAGAUGCUGGGGUGCUAAGAGUAGAAGAUAUCGAUUCUGCCUUUUCUGAUUCCGCCUGCCACAUCCGCUUGCCGGAUGGCCGUGAAUGGAGCUGUCAUCUCCAUGAAGAGAUUGAAGCCUCCUGCAGUAAAUUGCUUUAUAAGGAGAAAACAAAUGUUCUGCAGCUUGUCAUGCACAAGAAGAUCCCCCUCAACACGUGGCCUACCUUCGCUAACAAGAAAAAGACGGAAACGGUGAACAUCCUUACAGAGAAUGGCAGCAACCACCAGCAGUCAACCACAGGGUGCUCUGAAAAAUCUAGCGAAAGCAUCGAGAAAACGCCUGCAGUGACUUCUGCUGAGCAAAAACGAGGUAAACCCGACCGUGGGUUGAAACGAGGGAUGAAAGGCAAACAGGUGGAGCUCACUGAGAGCACAGGCGUGAAGGUAGCAGACAUUAAAUCAAGCGAUAAAGCAGACUCGAUCAAUGAGCCCAGCGCAAAGCGUACCACACGACCCACCAAAAACACAAAGGAGCCCCCUCUAGCUCCCUGCUCGUCGACGGCGUCUCAAUCCAAACAAGCAAUUAAUGGCAAGACACACACAUCAGCCGUUAGCAGUGGUGCUUCUUCAUCUAGCAAUGUAAAAGACAACAGGGCUCAGGUGCAGGUCAAAGGCCAAGCAUGCCAGACAUCGCCGAGAGAAAAAGGAGUGGACAGGAGGCCAAAAAGCAAUGCUCAGGUUGAAGCAGAUGAUAGCAAGACUGUUUCCUCUGUGUGUGAGCCGAAGGUGACGCAUCAGGAGAGGAGUUCUUCUCCUAUGAAAACAAACUCUGAAAAAAUAGCAUCAGAUGAGACAGGAAACAGAAAGGAGGAAAAGAAGCCGCCACAAGCUGAUACCCAGAUCCCUAAAGUGCUUCCAUCUCAUGAAUCAGGAUCUGGAGAGCCUGUUUCAACAUCCUCAAAGAGAGAGGAGUCUCCUCAGAAGAGCUGCACAGAGGAGAAGAGAGACAAGUCCAAGGAGGAGCCACAUGGAGGGAGCCAUGAGCAGGAUACAGAAGGUCCAGAGCCGAUGGUGAACUUGAAGUUGGUGAAGAAUGACUCUUAUGAGAAAGGGACAGACCUGAUGGUUGUUAACGUCUACCUGAAAGAAAUUUGCCGACAGUCCUCCAGGGUGCUGUUCAGGGAACAAGACUUCACUCUUAUCUUCCAGACCAGUGAUCCCAACUUUUUGCGCCUUCAUCCGGAUUGCGGACCAAACACUGUCUUUAAAUGGCAGGUUAAACUCAGGAAUCUAAUCCAGCCAGAUCAGUCCAGCUAUGCCUUUACUCCGUCCCGAAUCGACAUCACCCUGAAGAAGAGACACAGUCAGCGCUGGGGGGGUCUGGAGGCCCCUGCCACACAAGGUGCAGUGGGGGGCGCCAAGGUUGCUGUGCCCUCCAGCCCUUCCACACUUGAAAAGAGUCAGCCAGGAAGCAGCCAGCAUGCACUUCCUGCUAAAGAAGAACCACGUGUGGGAGAGGAGAAAGCCAAACCCCCUCGAUCCCCAGAGGACUCGGGUCUGGAUGCCGUGGCCCCUCGCUCAGUCCCAGAACACGUGUCCCUCAAACAGGAACCAACUGUUGUAACGCCCAAGCCCACCUGCAUGGUGCAGCCCAUGACUCACACUCCUCCUGCAGGCAGUGAGAGAGCUGAAGAAGUGGAGGAGAAGAAGGUGUGUCUCCCUGGCUUCACUGGACUGGUCAAUCUGGGAAACACUUGCUUUAUGAACAGUGUGAUCCAGUCCCUCUCCAACACACGGGAGCUCAGGGAUUAUUUCCACGACCGGGCAUUUGAGUCCGAGAUUAACUGUACUAACCCAUUGGGCACGGGUGGACGACUGGCCAUUGGCUUUGCUGUUCUACUUCGAGCAUUGUGGAAGGGCACUCACCACGCAUUUCAACCCUCCAAAUUAAAGGCUAUAGUUGCCAGUAAGGCCAGUCAGUUUACAGGCUAUGCGCAGCACGAUGCUCAGGAGUUCAUGGCUUUCUUGCUAGAUGGGCUGCAUGAGGACCUGAACCGCAUCCAACACAAACCAUAUACAGAGACCGUUGACUCAGAUGGCCGUCAGGAUGAAGUUAUUGCAGAAGAGGCAUGGCAGAGGCAUAAAAUGAGGAACGAUUCCUUCAUUGUUGACCUCUUUCAGGGCCAGUACAAGUCAAAGCUGGUGUGUCCAGUGUGUUCUAAGGUUUCCAUAACCUUUGACCCCUUCCUGUACUUGCCUGUCCCUCUACCUCAGAAGCAGAAGGUGCUGACUGUUUUCUAUUUUGCUAAAGAGCCUCACAAGAAACCAGUCAAGUUUUUGGUCAGUGUGAGUAAAGAGAACUCGAGCACGACUGAAGUACUGGAUUCAAUAUCUCGCAGCGUGAGGACCAAACCAGAGAAUCUGAGGCUGGCAGAGGUAUUGAAGGGCAGGUUCCACAGAAUCUUUUCACCGUCUCAAUCUUUAGAUACGGUCUCGCCCAAUGACCUGCUCUUCUGCUUUGAGAUGUUGUCAAAAGAUCUUGCCAAAGAGCGGGUGGUGCUGCUGAAGGUCCAACAGAGACCUCAGGUUCCUAGCAUCCCAAUCACAAAGUGUGCUGGCUGCCUGAAGCCUCCUGCCUCUGAUGAUGAGAAGCUCAAGCGCUGUACUCGCUGUUACCGUGUCGGCUACUGCAAUCAGGCCUGCCAGAAGAACCACUGGCCUAAUCACAAGACCAUGUGCCGGCCCAAUGUGGAGAAUAUAGGACUGCCAUUUUUAAUCAGUGUACCUGAGUCUAGGCUGACUUACACCCGCCUCACACAGCUUCUGGAAGGCUAUUCUAGGUACUCUGUCAAUGUGUUCCAGCCACCUUUCCAGUCUGGUAGGACAUCCCCAGAGGCCAGCCUGUCCCGUGUUGACCUGACCUCCAUGGCGAGCAGUGUCUCAGAGUGUCAAGAGCAGGAGGAAGAGCCGCCAUCUGCAGAAGAAGUGGAAAACCUAGCGGAGCAGGGUGGUACUGUCACAGCCCCUCAAACAGAGACCGUGUCUACACUCUCCGCAGCAGAUGGUGACACACUCUCCACACACACCAUUGACUCAGGAUGCUGUGAGCUUGCUACCAGCUCCCAAGAUUCUUUGGUUGAGAAAGAAACAUCAUGUGAAAAGGCUAUUAAACCAGAAGCUGUAGUGACCGGGUAUCAGCAGCCUUCUGAGUCUGGGAGUGGAAGUGCGUCUCAAUUCUAUAUAACCAUUCAGGACUCAAACCAAAAGGAGGACAAAAAACUUGAGGACAAAGGUGAUGUGGUACUGGAGCUGCCUGAUGACUGCACGCUGGAGCUGGUGUGGAAGAACAACGAGCGGCAGAAAGAAUAUGUGCUGGUGCGCUCUAAAGAGCUGGAGUUUGAUGAAGACCCGGGCUCUGCUACAGAGACUUCCAGGGCAGGACACUUCACCUUAGAGCAGUGCCUGAACCUCUUUACCAAACCUGAGGUGCUGGCCCCUGAAGAGGCAUGGUACUGUCCUAAGUGUCAGCAACACAGGGAGGCCUCUAAACAGCUGCUGCUUUGGCGCCUUCCCAACGUGCUCAUCAUCCAGCUCAAGCGCUUCUCAUUUAGGAGCUUCAUAUGGAGGGACAAGAUUAAUGAUAUGGUCGAUUUCCCAGUCAGAAACUUGGACCUGAGUAAGUUCUGUAUUGGUCAUAAGGGUGACAUUCAGCAGCCCCCUAUCUAUGACCUCUACGCUGUGAUCAACCAUUAUGGCGGAAUGAUCGGAGGACACUACACGGCCUACGCUCGUCUUCCCAGUGACAAGAACAGCCAGCGCAGUGACGUUGGUUGGCGUUUGUUUGAUGACAGCACAGUGACAACGGUGGAAGAGAGUCAGGUGGUGACACGUUACGCCUAUGUGCUGUUUUACCGUCGCAGGAACUCUCCAGUGGAGAGACCGUCUCACUUGCUGGGGCCCCUUGGCACCGAAUCCUCUGCUGCAACUGGUGGUGCUGCCAGUCAGGCCUCUAGCCAGACACUGUUUGGAACAGACCUGGACCCAGACGGACCCCCUCAGUUGAGCACGGAAGUGACCUCUGAGAUGUUUGCACACUCUGGAGAAUGCGCCGCCCCGUCCUACAGCAGCAUGGAAGAGGUGGAUUGAAACUUGACCCAGUCAGGGAGACUUGCUUCCUCAAAAAAAUAAAUAAAAAUAGACGUUAAUGCUCACAAGUGGAUCUAGCAUGGCAAAGGUGCUCAAUUUUUUAUUUACAUUAGCAAUGUGGAGAGAAAAAAAGGCUGGGUGUACGUUUCCAACGCAGAGACUGUUUGUAAACAGCCGAUUUAAAUGGCCUGUAUGUUCAGACGACGUACAGUAAAGUGAUGCUUAAAAUAAAGACUAAUCCUCAAACACAUUCACAAAUAAUUCUGGAAGGUGCACAUUUAAAUAGUCAUAAGAGGAAUUGCACAGAUCUGUACUUUUUUUUUUUUUUUUAUGUAUAUGUAAACAUUUUAACACCUAGAAAUUAUGCCAUUCACAAUUUCACAUGAUAGGUUUCUAAUACAAUGUUUAUCUUGCUUGUAUUUACACGAGUUGUUACUUUGGUAAAAACCCAUCAAUGAAUGAGAUCAACAUGGUUUGUUUGGAUGCACAGAAGAGUUUUUGUUUUUCUUACUGAAGUGUCGCCUGGCCUGAUGUGUUUCUCUGUAAAGAGUCUGGAAGUGUUGUGCAAAACUAUUGCAGGUGUUGUAGGUGAAGUUUUAAGUGUGGGCAAGGCAAAUUGUUUGGGGUUUUUUUUUUUCCUCACACACCCUGGCCAUUACUCAACUUGAUGUCCUGUUCUUUCAUUCUCAGACAAUCCAGUGAUUUAAAAAAAUUUUGUUGUUGUUUGUUUUACUCCAUGUCAGAUCCUGUGGAAAUGCAAAAGCUUGAUUGGCUGAGAUGCAUGUUGACCUACAAUAGCCCUAGUAGUGUGUAUCAUAUACCAUCUCCUAUUUUUUUUUUCUAAGUUUUGAGUGGAUUGUCUUGUUUCCCCAUUCCUUGUUUUCGUAUUGGACUGCAUAGUAAGCGGGAACUGGGGGUUUGAUCAUAAGAAUGCUGCUGUGAAUAAAACAAAUGGUUAAUAUAAAUAAAAGCCUUUUUUUGCGUAACAAUCUUAGAUGUUACAGCUGUACGUGCAUAUUUAUUUGUCAAAAAAUGUUUCACGUGUGAGUUUGAAGUAAAAUAUUUUAAUUUGCAGGUGAACCACAUGAAAACUGUUCAUGAAAAGCCCAUGAAAAAAUAACCAGGUCAUACUUCACUCCAAAAUUGUGGUCAAAAUUAUUGCCCCCCUUGGUAAAUAUGAGCAAAGAUUGCUGUGAAAGUAAAUCUGCAUUGUUUCUGCUGUUGAUCUUUCAUUCAAAAAAUUCACAAAAAUCUAACUUUCAAUUGUUUUACUUCAAUCAAAAGUGGGGGGAAAUCACAUCACGAAAUAAAUGUUUUUCUCCAAUACAUUAUUAUUAUUUUCAUCCACAUUACCCAAAAGGCGGGGAAGAGUAGGUGGCGCUCUCACAAAAGUUCUCUUGUGAAGCGCGACAACCCCGCUCUUUCUCGCGGUAUUUGGCACUGACAAGGAAGUCAUGCUGUCAUCGCAAAAGCCGGUUUGGAGAGCUCAGCGGAUUGUAGUCAAACGUUCUUUCUUAAACGAAUGCAGCCAACGAAUGUAUCAUUAACUGACUGCGCGACAGACAAAGAAUGGGAUGAUCACGUGUCAGGCUGUUUUCAUUUGACUGAGAUGAGUGUCAUUCUCGUAACUUACAUGGAAUCUGGACGGAUUCAUCAGUCACUCGUCGCCAGAGAUAAUUAUCCUAGUCUACGUUGAAGUAUCUUUGAUUAGUCUAUAUUUGAAUAUUUGUAGUUUUAAAUAUACCCUCGUAUAAAUAUUUUAGCACUAUGUAUAACCCGGAGAGGAUCCCUGAAACAAGUAUCGAUCAGAACCAAACCAAUGGAUGCAGAAUUGAUGUGAACUCUGACGGGGCAGGUCAAGAUAAAGAUCCUACUGAUUUAAUCCCGACGAGACCUUCCAGAAAAAUCGUCCUUCACUUUGAUCUCAACAACACAAUCCUUGUAUCUGACGCAGUCACAAGACAAGGAACUGUAGCUGCUCUUGAAUACUUUCUGUCCACGGUGACAUGGGGGCGCAUGGCAAAAGGUAAAUGGGAGUGGUUGUCAGAAGCACCAUCUCUCCUCCAGCCUUGUGAGGGCGCUGUCACAUACUACUCUCAGUUUGGCCGAGUGGCGAGCUUCACCACCAUAGGUCCAGGCCGACGGUUCCGGAAGGUCCUUGAGGAACAUCUAGAACUUCUCCGAUGGCCGUCUGACUUACCUGCAGAUAAGGAGCUGUCUGUUAAGGGAGAAGAUGGGAAGCUGUAUCACUGGAUCCUACCUUCCUUCUUCCAAAUGUUGCAGGACUUGGCUUCACAGGGUGUGGAGUUCUCCGUCCUGUUCCGUACGUUCGGCACAGAUCUGCCCCGUGUUCUGACUGUCAUCCAGCACGCCGUCGAACAAGGCUCACAUCCGCUCUUUCCCGACCUCCCGGCUCUAAAGCUGAAGGUGAAUAUGAAUGCCGGACGCAUCAAGUGCAGUGGUAAGGGUGCAACGCUGAUUCGUGGAGAAGAACACGUGUCCACGCGGGACGGAGAGCGGUGUGUGUAUCAGUAUCUGAGCUCUGCUGAGGGUCUGGGAGGCUUCCAAGACAACUUUGACUGGUGGGCACGGAACACAUACUCCAUUUUAGGAGGAAAACCUUUAUGGAUUGACCCUUUCGAUCCCAAAGUUCAGCAUAUCUUCAUUGACGACAACAUUCGGCAAAACGAUGAGGACACUAUUGUCCAUCCUAAGGUGUUUUUGGACCCCGAGGGCUUGCAGACUCGAACAGCCUCCACAUCAGAGCUGUAUGAUCUGUGUCUGGUACAGAACGACCUUCUGAAGGCCAUUUCUGAGCCUGGAUAUUUCACCCGACGCAUCCAGAUCUGCAUGGAGAACUAUGAGGGGAACAUCCAAACAGGGUAGUUAGAUGAAUCUCAAGUCAUGCAGGGGAACACAGAAUAUAAAACUGACGAAUUAUGCAUAAACACAAUCCUGUGGUAUGAGCGUAUAUGUGGAAAAACCACAUUCUCUGCUACAACCACAGAUCAGCACACUUUAUUUACCCAAUGAAGAAUGUCGCAAUCUAUAGAUCCAUGUAGUAGUAUAUAUUAUUUACCAUCAUAGUCAUGGGUCAGAUUAACUCCAAUCAUAAAUGCACUGGCAGCUGCUCUGUAUAUCUAUUUUGUUAUAUGCUCAUGAAGAUGGUUCUACCAACAGUAUUCUCAGGGUUUGUGAACAUCAGAGGUAGUUUUUUAGUGUUAUUUAUAUUUUGAUGCAUUUAACUAAAUAAGUUAGUCAUAUCAAAACUAGUGCUGUCAAAUCAAUUAAUUGCAUUUAACAUAAAAGUUUGUAAAUAUACACACAUAUAUAUAUUUUAUAUAUAUAUAUAUAUAUAUAUAUAUAUAUAUAUAUAUAUAUAUAUAUAUAUACACACACACACACACACACACACACACACACACACAAACCUUUGUAAAAUGUGGUUAAUCGCGAUUAAUCGAUUUGACAGUACUGAUUAAAACACUUGGAUUUUUAGACACUUUUUUUGUGAAGAAUUCAUUGUUUUUGCACUUCUUUUCUAUUUUUAAACCCUUUUGGUUUGUUCUAACACCAGUUUGAAGCUGAGACUAACCAAAGCAGAAUUUGACAAUAUUUCUAACAUGUUCACUGGAUUGAGUACUCCUUCAGUAGAGUUUACAUAUAUGCAGUUUUACACACUUUUACAUGUUACAUUCUCAUAUAGCCAUUAUUUAAAUGACAUGUUGCAGUUUCACACUAAAUUGUCUACAUUCUCCUCAUUAGUUUCAAAGUUUUGAGGUAAAGGAUCUGAUAUAAAAACUAUUUCUAAUCAUAUUAAAUAAUUCAAACAACAAUUAAUGCUUUUUGAUUCCUGUGGAAUGCAGGAUUUUUUCUAUCCUUUUCAUCUCACUCAUGGGAGAUUGUUAUUCUACUGAAGUUUGUCAUUGCACAGUUACUGCUUCUAGUGUGUAUUGUUACUUAAUGCAUUAUUUAUGAUGGCAAUUUUGAAGUUAUGUUUUUUUUUUUUUUUUUGGAGAAAUGCUACAGAAAUAAAUAAUUUGGACUUCA